CCAGGGGUCGGGUUUGCUGAGAGCUGCGGCGGUUGCCUCGGUUUCCAUUUUAAAGCUCACCUCACGUCAGGAGGAUGUCGCAAAGCCUUCUGGAUUUGGGGUACUUCGUUCGAGGCUGUUCGCGUGGACUGUGUUGGCGUCCGGUAUUUUUCUGAUAGGCUGAUGUUCUGCUUGUGCAGGAGCUCUGCUUGUGCAGAAUGUCUGAGCUGAGCGAUGAGUCGAGUGAGACAGAGCUGUUCAAUCGCAGCCUGUCCAUGUGGCACGGCUUCGAACAGCUCAUCAGCUGCGAGGAGCUGGAGGUGCCGCUGGAUCUGCACACCGCAUCCUCCCUCGGACAGUACGAGGUAGUGAAGGAGUGCGCCAGAAGAGGGACCGUGAAUCUGAACAGGAAGAACCGUGGUGGCUGGACCCCUCUGAUGUAUGCUUCCUACAUAGGCCAUGAUACCAUAGCGCAUCUGCUGCUAGAGGAGGGGGUGGAUGUCAACCUGGUGACGGAUAAAGGGCAGAGCUCUCUGAUGCUGGCAGCGAGCUGUGGCAACGAGAGCAUUGCGUACUUCCUUCUGCAGCAAGGGGCUGAGCUGGAGAUGAAGGACAACAGGGGCUGGACAGCGCUCUUCCACUGUACUAGCACUGGCCACCAACAGAUGGUCAAAUUCCUUCUGGACAAUGGAGCUGACGCAAAUCUGAGGGAACCUCUGUGUGGAUUCACCCCUCUGAUGGAAGCUGCGGCUUCAGGCCAUGAAAUAAUCGUCCAGUACCUGCUGAACCAUGGUGUCCAGGUGGACAUGAAGGCGUGGAGUGGGGACACGGCUCGUUUGUUAGCACUGACGUACGGCUACGUGAAGAUCACCACCCUCAUCGACUUGCACACUGCCCCACAGUCCAAGUCAAUUCGCCGGGAUCCAGGUCUAUACGAAGAUCUCAGCUCCUCCGAUGAGUCCUGCCCACCCCGCAGCCGACACCUGGACCCCCGCCCACCACAUGCACGGAAACCGAGAGGUCCCAGUAUUCACGAUGGGCCUCAGGCACUGGCCCAGAUCACAGGCAUCAGAGCUGAAGGGUGGUCGCAGCAAUAUGAGUCUCUUCCUCCGCAGGGAUACCUCACAUUCAACAAGGAGGUAGAGGAUGGAGACGAGGAUAUCCUGAACCGAGAUGUCACUUCACCCAUAAAUGAACAGGAUGUAGAAAGCAACAGCAGCAGAGAGGAGAACUCUUUCUUCACCAAUGAUGCCAUGACCAUCCGCAGAAGCAGCAGUAGCUGCAGCGAGGGCCUGGCUCGAGUGCUGGGCGUGAGCCGCGAAGGAUCCCUGGAGAGCAACGAGGACUCUGACCAGGCCAAUCAUUCCCCUCCCAGGAGAGUGCUGCGAACCCGGCGAGGGCACGGGAGCAGCAGCAGCAGCCCCCAGUCUGGUCACAGUGAAGUUCAUUUGAUUCCCAGUCAGCGGGUUCCCAGUCAGAACGAGGAGGAGCUGGUACACCAAGGACCGCAGGACCUGGCUGAGUUUCUGGAGCAGAUCGGCUGUCAGAAGUACCUGAGCGUGUUUGAGGAGCAGGAUGUGGAUCUGAGGGUCUUUCUCACUCUGACUGAGGCCGACCUGAGAGAAGUUGGCAUCACAUUAUUUGGACCAAAGCGGAAGAUGGCUGCUGCAAUUGCCCGGUGGCACAGCAAUGCUCCAGCUCUCAGCCACACAAUGGAGCAGGUCUACGCCGAUCGCCUCGAGACUGAAAUGCAGGAAAUGGCCAUUCAGCUGCACAAGAAAUGUGAAGAGGUGGAGAUGCUGUCGGGGCAGGUGACUCAGGAACGGGAGCUGCGCACCAUUGUGGAAAGCUUUUUGAUGGAGGAUAAAAUAGCCUGGCAGCAGCACCAGAAGCGGGUGAAAGAGACGCAGGGUCUUUGUGAGCACGGUGCCAUCAUCCUAGAGCACGUCCAAGAGUCCCAGACCGAGCAGACAGCCCGGUCCAUCGAUGCAGGAGGGCAGAGGAGAAGCAUGCAGUCCAGGAAGCAAGCCAGGAUCCCUAAGGAAUGUGAGGCUUUGCGUGUGGUGGAACAGAACCUGGAAAAACUGCUGAAUUCAGACAAUGUGGAGUGGACACGGAGAGCUGACCUCUAACUAUGCCUGAGGUCUGGAGGGAAUGUGUGAAAUCCAGUCUUCUCUGACAGGACGGAGGGUGAAAGUGCCUGAAGCAAAGGAACAUUUCUGCUCUCGCUCCAGACUUGCAGACGAUGGUGACGCCUAUCGGUGCGAGGGACGACUGCCCAGAGCCCGGCCUGGAACCGGAGCCGCUCCCAUGGGACAAAACUUCCCAGACAAGCAGCCGUCAGCUUGCUGAUUGGUCUGUGCUUUUCGGAAUGGGUGGCCUGCUCUGAGCAGCAAAUGUGGCCAUGGGGACUGUUCACAAAGUGCGAUUACUCUCACAGUGCUGAUCAAUGUUUGAUGGAUGUUGGUUUUGCUGGGUGACAAGUCUACCCAAGCGUGAAGACCAGGUGUGGGUCUCAAACUGACUUGAGAUUUUGUUCCCCUGCAGAGAAACGGGUGCAAAUGUACUAGUCCAAAGCUCUCAUUGUUCGGGGAUGUCUGCCAAUGGCUUUUUGGCCAAUGGUUUAUUGGUAAUAGGCCAGUGUGUUGCCAUGUGCAGGGCACUCUAUGUUGGAUACAGUUUCUUCCUAUAAUAACCUCCUGCUAUUGCAGCCCUGAGUGGGUGAGGGUUUUCCAUGUGUUUGGGAUGUUUAUGUGACUUUUUUGGUGAGGCAGGGGAGAUGUAAGGGGCCUCUCUGUUAAUUACUGCAUUAAAUACUAUCUACUCAAAUAAUCACAAUGUUAGAGCAGCAGCCCUGCCUGUAUAGUAUAUACACAGUAUAGCUGCAGUGUAUGAGAUUACCCAGAACAAACGUGGAUGAUUCAACGAGCAUUUAUCCAGGAAAUAAAAUAAGAUUCAAUGGAAAAAAA